CGUCAGUGCGAAAGCCGAUCACCUUCGGCAAGCCAGUGAGAAUCAUUUGUUGGGUGACGAUUGUGCUGAUUUCCCCAACUUUUUUGGUCUCCGCUCACAGCUAUAUAUAGACCACUUUUAUCUCGAGAAAUCAGCUCCUGUGUUGAGGCAAAAACCAAAACUUAGUCUUCCUUUGGCGAAGACUCCCCACUCGAAUCGCCUAUCAAUCACUUCCACCUUCCUCUCCGCGUACUUUGUCAUCAUGCCCAUGUGCGACAUCUUCCUGCCUUCGGGCUGCUUCAAAGCCGAAGUCGAGACGAAAUUGGUCUCCACCGUUUCCGAUCUCAUCGUGGACCACGAAAUCCGCAGGUGGUCAGAGCUUAUCGGCGGCGACACUACCGUUAUCAAAGAGGCUGCAGGAAGAAUUGCUUGGAUGUUUGUCCAUCACUUUGACAACAUGUACGUGGCAUCAGCCCAGACCAGUCUUCCUCACUACAAAUUCGUCAUCACAAUUCCGGAAGGCACUAUCGACGAUCGCUUUGCGCCAGCAAUCUCACGAGACAUCUUUUCUGCGCUGAAAGAGGCAGAAGGCGAGGCAUCCAGAGGUUUGUCGGCUCGUGUAUGGAUCAUCAUCCGAGAGGUCAAGGAUGGCAUGUGGUGCGCCGGCAAUAGGCCCAUGCCUCUACAGACCAUGAAAGACUUUCUGGAAAAUGAAAGUAAGACCAAGUCGCGUGCCGAAUUGUAAGAGCUCCUGAAAAUGUAGUCUCAAUUCUAUUUCUUCUUGUGCUUUUUCUGGCGGCGGAAUAAAAGGCACAGUAGUCGGGGUCUCUCAGUUGAGAAUUCGGGC